AACCCUCCAACCCAGAACCACGUUGAAUUUCUCAGAUAUCCACUGAAAGAUGUAAUAGUCACUCACACCCUCCCAUCUCCGAAAUAAUCGGAUUGUAUCACCAUACCAGCACGCUCAAGACUCAGAAAGACCACCCACUUCAGACCACAUCAAUACAUAUAACACAAUGCGCAUCGAUUUCAAGCUACUGAGCUGCGACCCACUCACACCACCCAGCUCACCACCACUUGAUCCAGAAAAGGAUACCAAUCAGAAAGCCAGAGAAAAACAACUCAAGCCACCCUCCCCAUCGGACCAGGAUACGAAACUAGCCCAAGUACUGGAUGUAGAAGCCAUUCCGAUCAGCGAGCCCGCUACGUUCUCCCUCCCUAAGCCGGUCUUCGACAAUUGGUUCCCCUAUGGAUAUGACAGACCACUCAAACAGAACUACAAGACACCCACUCCGAUCACCUCAUUCUCGUAUGACCAGGAUGCCAAGAUUCGAUGUGGCCUUGACCAGUUCGUAUCCCUCAGGCCUUUCCUCGAAAGCGCCAAGCAUAUUGGCUUCGAUCUUAACACCGGGAUCGACGAGGCUGAAUAUGUAGAUGAACUUCAGAAAGCGGUGGAUAGAGGUAUCGAUGGACUUUUGCUAAGCCUGGCAGAUUUUCUGGACAGAAGCCACCCUGACCAUCAAAUCAGCAUAUCUCGAGAGAUCUUAUCAACUGAGCUGAUCACCUGGCGAUCCACCCUAGCCAAGCUUACAUUGACCGCAUACGAGACUACGCCGACCGGACGAAAUCCAUCGGGAAUCUGGACGAAGCGGGUGAUGAUGGUAGACGGGACGAUCUAUAUAGAAGAUGAAACUGGAAUCGAGGAUGUGGAAAACCUUGACGAGCUCAUGGACCGCGGUUAUGUCGAGGAAGGAGGGGUCAUCCAACCUUCUCAUGAUUGGGCCGUCCAAAUUUAUCAUGGAUACAGCUAUCAAAGUCUGCUGACCAACCAGGAAUUCCAGCCGGUUAAUAGGAAACCUCGAUGGAUCUCAGUCGUCCGUUCUAAUCUUAACGGCAUCCCAAUCAUCCUUGGUGGAGAAGUAGAUUGUGUCAGCUCUGAAUGCUUUCAAGAAAUACAGACCCCGGAUCCGACCAAUCAUCAUGAUCAUCAAGAGGCCGUGGAUGAUAAUCAUCAUGUGGUUCAAAAAGUCGUCCCACCCGAUCAGACCAUUGAACUCAAAACUUUCAUCCUGCCCUCUACCACUCGCCAGUACGCCCAUCUAUACCGAUACAAGAUGCUCAAAUUUUGGCUCCAAUCUUUUCUCAUGGGAACGCCUAAGGUGCAUGUAGGAUUCAGGAUCCGCGAAGGGAUUCUCGACAGGUCCACAACAUACCAGACGAAUGAGAUACCGGAGUUAGUUAACCGAAACGCCAAGCCAUGCUGUCGAUGGUCAGGUGAGGUAUGUCUGCAAAAUGGCACCAAGAUCGUCCAGUUCAUCCAAGACAAGCUCGCUCCAACAGUCAAAGGUAAACCCAGCCUUCAACGGCCCGACCAAGCUCGACAAGCUUAUAGGAAGAAUACAAAUCCUAUUUGGCAAGCUAGAAAGAAUACAAAUCCUACUCCUACUUCCAGUACUACUACUAGUCAAGCUUAUCCGAAUCGAUCCAAGUUCUUCCAAGACCGACUGGACGCAAUCGUUGCCGAAGAAUUCGAGCGUCAAGUGAACGUCCGGCGCGAAGACUCGGGCCUUCGCCAAUCCGGAUCGUGUCGGCUAUCCGAACUCUGUAAGGCGCAAGUGCGCGACCUCGACCGUUGGCCGGCUUAUCGCUUGGCCUUCCAUCCGUACCUCGGCCGCAAAGAUCCCCACUCUCAUGAUCAAGCGCACCCCCCCAGUUGCUUCGAGCUUGUCGAACUCUCCUUUGAUGAAGUAUCCAAAUCGAUCCUCAGCAAUAAACCUAAGAAUUUAUUCGAUGAUGGAAAUCCAUCAUCGUUGUCCUCAUCAUCAACUGAUGUUUCAACCGAUCAUCAGGAUCAGGAAAUAACCGACCGUGAACAAGACCGUUCAUCUGCCCAUAGGGUCGGCUUUCUUCCCCUUUUUUGGGUCCAACGAGUGGUCCAGAUGCGGCUCGACGUAUUGCUAUCGAAGCAUAAUAUGUGAUGUAUAUCUCAAACCUUGACAAGAGGGUCUUUCCUUUUUUUUAAGCCCCCUCCAAAUGUUGUGCGGGUAUUCUUGAUAUUCUUCUUGUAUUUUUGUAUUUGUAUCUGUAUCAUGUAUACCAACACACGCUUAAUACACGUACUGUACCAACACCUGCUAGUUUUUUUUUUCUUUUUUCCCCAUUCAUACACGAGGGAAACAAAUGUCAAAUGAUUGUUAUAUUCCCCUUUUUUGUUGUAUGUAAUAAUCAGAGUGGAUGGGACUGCUAUGUAUCAACACAUUCUCCUUAUGGAUUCUUCUAUGUAUCCUAUGAAAUACCAGCUUUGAAUGCCCAAAUAAA